AAAAAAAGUGAGGAGAGAGAGAGAGAGCACACAACAAAGCAAAAAAAGGAGAAACAGAGAGAGAUUUUCAACAAGUUUCCGAUUUGUUUAGGUGAAUCAUAGAGCUUGCUUGCAGUUUUUCGGAUUUCAUUUUCGUUUGUUCCGGUGUUUUCCGUCGUCGGAAAUGGUCGGAAUCCGGCGAGUUCUGUGAUUGACGAUUGGAGAUUUACAGUGCUGAUGGAGAGAAACAGAGAUUUGCGGAAAGCUACCAUUUCUACCGUUAAUGGUUUGCCGAGAAGACGGCCAAAAAUUACUGCUCUCAAUCUGAGAGAUUCAACUGACAUGGAUAGACAGGUGGAAUUGCAGGAAACGUUGAGGUUAAGAGAUCGAGAGCAGUUCGAGAAGAAAGUCCGGGAUCGAGAGUUUGCGAAAAGAAGGAGAGUUGAUAGGCACGGUGCGCUGCAGAGGAGUGGUGGCGGUGGCGGUGGCGGUGGUGGUGAAAGUUAUAGAGAGAACGAGAGUACGGACUCGAGUGAUGAAGAAUACUGUGCAGAGGAAGAGGAGACGAGAAUUCAUCAGCGAAAUCGGACGAGUCAACUGUCGCCAACGUCUUCUUCUCUGUCUAAUAGCCGUUCGGGCCUCCGUACUCUCCGGUCGUCGCCGGUGGUCAGAGCCGCCGGCGAUGAAAUGCUCGGUGUUCCUGUACCCCGGAGAGCUCGCUCUGGUUCUGCAAAGAGGUUGCAAGAUUACUGCAAUUCAGGCGGCGUCGGAGGUGAUGACUUGAACCGCCGGAGAUUUUCAUCAUCUCCGGCUAUAGUGGGUCUGACUGGUUCCGGCAGUGGUUCGCCAUCAUUUUCCGGUGCUUCAACGAAGAAGAUGAUAUCUGCAGAGCCGAGAACGAAGGUUCUGAGUGACGCAUCUAAUUCCAAACCUUCAUCAGUUAUUCAAGAUGAAAUCGAGAUCGAAGUUGCUGAAGCUUUGUUCGAUCUGAUGAAACAAUCUCAGUCGCAGUCCCAAUCUCCGCCGAAGGUUGAUAGAGAAAGCGCUGACACAGCAGCAGCUGAUGCCGAUUUAAAGAGGUUAAAAGCUGCGGGUGGUAAAGAUGAGAAUAAUGCCUUUAUAGUUCAAAACGAGCAAUCAAUAAAAGUGGGUGGUGAAACAACUUUGGCCGACUCAGUGAAAGAAUUGAAGAAAGAGAGAAGAAUUGAUAAAGAGAAAUUUGCCGACGAUGAUGACCCAGCUCAAGAAUUAGUAGUGGGUGGAGAAGAUGGAUUUGUGAAUAAAGGAAAAGUGGGGUCUCCAAAAGAAACCGAAUCGCCAUCAUGUGUUACAGUAAAUGCUUGUGAUAUUCAGGAUCCGACAGUGACAAAAGCAGAUCAGGCAACAAUCCGGGUUGCGGCGAAGAAGAUAGCGAAGCCAGAGAUUGAUUUGAUGGCUCCUCCACCUUUGCCAUCAUCCUCGGAGAGAGAUUUCUUGGUUGAUAUGCCUAUUGAUCCUAAAGAAAUUACCCCGGAUGUUCAAAAGAAGAGUGACGCUAUUUCAAAGGAUUGUCCCUUGGCAGUUGCAACUCAAAUGUCGGAAGAAACUACUAGAGUAAUUAGUAAUAAUAGAUUGCCAAACCUUGACCUGGACAAGCGUAGGCAUGAUAUCCCAAGAGUCGGUGACAGUACUACCCAACAGCAGCAGAUUCGUAACGAUCAGAAAAGUCAAUAUGCAACUCCCUUGUUGUCUUUCCCUUUUGGUAUGAAUAGCUGGCCUAGUGUUCUUCCUCGUCCAGGAUAUAUGCCUCCCACCAUGCAAGCAGUUUUGCCAAUAGAUGGAAGUGCCAGAUCUUCGAUGACAAUGCAGCCCCCUCAAUUUAAUUUUUCACAACCUCGACUGAAGAGAUGUUUAACUCAUCAAAACGUUGCCAACAACAUUCAGUAUCACCAGCAACUCAUCAAAAAAUCUCUAUCGUCUGGGCCAAUUGGUCCUCCUACUUUAUAUGGAACCAAACCAUCGAACCUAAAAUCCAAGUCAAGACAAAAGCUCGUUCACGGAGACUUUCAAGGAGUACAGAAUUUUGCUACCACCAUUUCAGAUGGAAGUAGAAUAGAUAAAAUCUCUGAUGCUGCAGCUGCUUUCAAUGCCACAGCAAAUGGCAAGUCUAUUUUCCAACAAGCUAAUAACUUUUCGCAUGGCUCUGGUUUAAUCUUUCCGAACGGUCAACGCCAAACAACGAUGACAUCAGCAGCUAAUUCUUCCGUACCCGCUUCAGCAGUUGGCAACGAAUCGCUGCCCUCUAAUUCAGCUGGGAGGCUUUCAGUUAACUUGCCCUUGCAUGGGGCACCAGGUUCUGCGAGCUUUAAUCAACCAACAUUUCCAUCCAUGGAAGCUUCUCCAUACAUGGCAAUGUUACAGAACAAUAGUUUCCCAAAUUUGCCUUCUUUCAGAGGAGUACACCCCAAUAUGCCCUUCUUUAACUCCUCUCUAUAUUCGUCGCCAGCGUUUAAUGUCACUCAAAAUCAGCAGCAGCCGCCAUUAUCCCUUCCUCAUGCUCCAGUCCAAUCAGCUUCGAUAUUUGGUGGCUCGUCAUCUCACAAACAACCCAAGGGUAAUCAUCAGCACACCAGUACGAAAACUAGUGACGACAAAUUUCCUUACUCAUCACAGCCAGAUAAGCUAACUAGCAGGAAAAGUGGCGGCUCAUCGGUUCCUGACGGUUUGGUUUCUCAGUCUGUGGAAUGUAAUAAUAACGGGCAGACGUACGCAUUUCCUGUCCAAGCAAUGAACUUUGGAGUGAUGCCACCUGCCAAUAAUAAGCAGCACGGCGAUCCUAGUCAGCAUGGCUCUAAGGGUGUAAUGAAUAUGGUCCCUCAAGCUUUUGCUCUCUCUUUCGGAUCGAAUGCUUCAACAACUGCUGCGCUGAGCUUCUCAUCCAUGAUGCACAACUCUGCUAUGAUGUAUCAAAUGGCACAACAACAACAACAACAACAACAACAGCAGCAGCAGAAGAAUUUCCAGGCAAGUGAAGGAGCAAAUCAAAUCCAUGGCGGCAGCGGUCAACCUUUCAACUUCUCAAAGUCAGAUUGCAGUGACAGUAUAUCAGCUCGCUCGACAAUGCCAAAGUCUCAACAGCAUCAAAUGCAGCAGCAGCUUGCAGGAGGAGGAGCGUCAGCGUAUCAGGUUAAGGCGAUGAACCCUGUUUUCACAUCUUCUACUCAAACCGGGAAUCCAAACUUUGCAUCCAAAUGGGAGAACUACUCUCACAAUAAUACAGCCCUUUCGAACAUUCCUCAACUGAAAAGUUCCCAAAGUAGUCAUAAUCCGGUAUCACCUUCAGCAAAUUCAUCGGUGUCGAAAAAUACAAAUACAGGGGGGAGCAGCCAAAGAAGUAUGAGUACAGUGAGCAAAUCAACCCAAGAAACAGAGGUUCCUCCCAACGGGCCUGCCCAGAAAUUGUCCCCUGCUUGUAGAAGGAACGUGACUCCGAUUCUAGGCACAUGCCCGAACCAACUCUCCGAGCUCAAGUAUUGAAAAAGGAUUAAAUUGCAAUUUUGGAAAUAGUUAUUUAUGAGUUUGAGUACUAAUCUGUGAUUGGUUUGAAUGAAUGCGGCACUCAUUUUUGUGUUGUAUGUAUAGAACUAAUCUGCUGUUAUAAUCAUCAUCAUCAUAUACAAUUCCAUUCUUUCAUAUAUGCUUUAGAGUAUGGUGGGUGGAAGUUGAAUACCUUUUUUCAGUUAAAGAAAAAGCAGCUUAUGAAAGUUUGUUGAUUAAUAUUAUUUUU